AUUACCGAAAACUCGACAUUGGCGUCUCUUCAUUUGCCCCGAGUAUAAAUGACACCAGAACGAAACUGAAGCUCACUCACUCACUCUCACUCUCUCUCUAACUCUCUCUCACUCUCACUCUCUCUCUCUCUCUCCAAACCCUAGAAGCUUCUUCUAUUCACAUGGUUGUGCCACCGUUGGACUGUGUUAACGGUUCGAUUCCGCCGAUUGCGAACGGUGGUGGCGGAGUCGUUGAUGUUCAGCACCAUUUGAUGGUUCCGACGAGCUCCGACCUCAAAAGCGAGUUGAAGCAGAGCAAGGCUAAGGUGAACUCGAGAGGAUCGAAGGAGUCGCCAAUGCAGCGGAGAGUGAGUUCUCGGAUCCAAGCUCUGCAGGUAGCAGCGGCUGCGGCUGAGGAGGAGCUUCAGGUUCGCCGCAAAGCAGAGGGGGAAGAGGGGAAAUGCGACGAGGAGGCCGCUGUGGCUUCGUCGCCAGCUGCGAAGGGGAACAAGCGAUGUCGAGUCAGCCGCGGCGGUGAGGGGAGUGUGGGUGGGAGUGAGAGAGAGGUUGUUUCGGAGCAGAGGAAGAGGAAGAGGAAGAGGAAGCGGCUUAUGUUGAUGAAGCGUCGUGAGGGUGAGGGUGCGGAGAGAACGGUGGAUUUGGGGAAUGUGGUUGGGGUAGAGGCUGACAAGGGCUGUUCCAUCAAGGUGAAGGAGACGAUUAGGUCGUUUAACAAGCACUACCUUCAUUUUGUUCAGGAAGAGGAGAAGAGGUGUGGGAAAGCGGAAGCUGAGCGGAAAGCUGCUAAAAAAGGUUCAAAAUCCAAGAAAGGUGCUCCCCCUGAAGAUUCAAAGUCCUCUGCCAAGCGACCUGAUCUGAAAGCCAUAUCGAAGAUGAUGGAAAAUGAUGAAAUAUUGUACUCUGAGAAAAGAAUCGGCAACAUUCCAGGUGUUGAGGUUGGAUAUCAGUUCUAUUCUCGUGCUGAAAUGGUUGCAAUUGGUUUUCAUAGCCACUGGUUAAAUGGCAUUGAUUAUAUGGGCCAAUCCUAUGCUAAAGUGCACAGCAGCUAUGAAUUCCCAAUUGCUGUGUCCAUUGUUUUGUCGGGCAUGUAUGAGGAUGAUCUGGACAAUGCAGAAGAUGUUGUGUACACUGGUCAAGGUGGGCAUAAUCUGACGGGUGAUAAGCGUCAAAUUCGGGACCAGACGUUAGAGCGGGGUAAUCUGGCACUAAAGAAUUGUGUUGAGCAAAGGGUGCCUGUUAGGGUGACUCGUGGUCAUGAAUCUUCGAGCAGUUAUUCUGGUAAAGUCUACACAUAUGAUGGCUUAUACAAGGUUGUCAAUUAUUGGGCAGAGAAGGGAAUAUCUGGAUUUACAGUCUAUAAGUUUCGGCUUAGGAGGCUUGAGGGACAGUCUGUAUUAACAACAAAUCAGGUUUAUUUUACAUGUGGGCGUGUGCCUCAAUCUGUUGCAGAGAUAAGAGGGUUGGUAUGUGAUGAUAUAACUGGAGGUCAGGAAGAUAUGCCCAUUCCUGCUACGAAUUUGGUUGAUGAUCCCCCUGUUCCACCUACAGGUUUCACAUAUCUCAAGUCUCUUAAGGUUGCAAAAAAUGUAAAGCUUCCCAUGAAUGCGGCUGGAUGUAAAUGCAAAGGCUUAUGUAUUGAUCCAACAACAUGUGAAUGUGCAUUGCGUAACGGCUCUGAUUUUCCCUAUGUGUCCCGGGAUGGCGGAAGGUUAGUGGAAGCCAAAGACGUUGUGUUUGAAUGUGGUCCCAAUUGUGGUUGCGGUCCUGGUUGUGUGAACAGGACUUCUCAAAGAGGACUUAGAUAUCGUCUUGAGGUUUUCCGUACUGCUAAGAAAGGUUGGGCUGUUAGGUCCUGGGAUUUCAUACCUUCUGGAGCACCCGUUUGUGAGUACACUGGAGUACUUGCUAGGACGGAUGAUAUGGACAGUGUGCUGGAAAACAACUAUAUUUUUGAGAUAGAUUGCUUGCAGACAAUUGAAGGGCUUGGUCGAAGAGAGAGGCGGUCCCAAAAUGCAGCAGUUCCUGCAAAUCUUGUAGAAAAGUCUGAUGAGCAAGGCUCUGAAAGUGCGCCAGAGUUUUGUAUUGAUGCAGGCUCAACUGGAAAUAUUGCUCGGUUUAUUAACCAUUGCUGUGAGCCUAACCUGUUUGUUCAAUGUGUUUUGAGCACACACAAUGAUUUAAAAUUGGCUAGAGUGAUGCUGUUUGCUGCCGACAACAUAGCCCCUUUGCAGGAACUGACAUAUGACUAUGGCUAUGAGCUUGAUAGCGUCUUGGGUCCCGACGGCAAGAUAAUGCAGUUGCCAUGCUAUUGUGGAGCCUCAGGCUGUAGGAAGAGAUUGUUUUAAAUGUUACUUUUCCCUUUCUGAUACAAGUUGUGAACUUCAUGUGAAACUAGAGAGCAGCUUUGCCUUAAACUUGAGGUGCAAACGCUCUAUUUAUAACCGGUUUGCAGUAUAUGCCCUUGGCUAAAACUAUAGCAAAAUGACAAUGCAUUUUUCAUGUAAAAACAAGAAAUUGGUAUAGAAUUUUUUUGCUAGAAACAACCUGUCUUAUUGAAUACCGCAAGUUUUAGAGUGAAA